AUGGUUAAAGAUAUCAAAGUUAUGGUCGUAGGUGACAUGAGUGUCGGCGAUUAUGUUCCAACUGUCUUUGAUAACUAUAAUGCCAAUGCAAUUGUAAAUAGUACACCUGUCAAUCUUGGUUUGUGGGAUACUGCAGGAUCAGAAGAAUAUAAUAGUUUUAGACCACUUAGUUAUCCAGGUACCGAUGUUUUCCUUAUUUGUUUCAGUCUUAUAUCACAACUUAGUUUUGAAAAUGUUAUCAAAAAAUGGUAUGCAGAAAUUACACAAAAUAUGGAUGUAGUACCACCAAUCAUAUUGGUAGGAACUAAAUUGGAUUUAAGAUCAAAGCAAAAGAUCAAUGGUGAGGACCCAGUUACAGUAGAGAUGGGAGAACAAAUGAGAGCAGAGAUUGGAGCCUUUAAAUAUUGUGAAUGUUCUGCAUUGACUCAGGAUGGUUUGACAAAUGUUUUUGAAGAAGCUGGUAGAGUUGUCCUCUUUCCACCUUCAAAGGAAGAAUUGGCUGCCCAAAAUAAGAAAGGAAAAGAUGGAAAAGAUCCAAAGAAUUGUAUUAUACAAUAA